AUGGCAUGACUCGCUGGUGGCAAUGUGGCGGAUCCCAGGCUGACGUGGCUGAUCCAUUGCAAUUAAUCAGUGACCGUCAACACCAGUCGACGCUGAGGUGGCGCGAGGCACAUCUCUUGACACGUGGAAAGUGUGCACAUCCGUGCACCCUCCCCAACAGACCAAUGCUCAAUGCUCUAG